CAAACAGACUCACUGACACAAUCAUGAAGCAAGGAGGCUUUCUGCUGCUUGGUCUGAUGCUGUUCUUCUUGUAUUCUGAUAUUGCUGCCCAAGUAACUGAUAUUGAGAAAUAUUGUCAGCCGUACGAACACGCAAGGUGCAAUGACCAGAAAGACCCCCACUGUGGCUCUGAUGGCAGAACUUACAUAAACAGAUGUUAUUUCUGCACUGCCUAUUUUUCCAGCAGUAAAACACUUCGGCUGAAACACUUGGGAGAAUGUUGAAAUCUGCAAAUGCAGAAGACCAAGGAACAUUUCCUAAAGAAUAACCCACAAUCUUUAUGCCUUGCUCAUUUCAUCCCCACAAAAGCAUCUGUCCUUCCCUCUGCUUCUGCUGCAUUGCUCCAUU